AUGACAGCGGAUGAUAAAAUCGUCAAUAAGUCAGAAGAUUACUUCUUGUGUAACGAGGACAACCGGCCAUUAUAUCGUCAGAUUAUUGGGAAUAGGACCCUUUCUUCACAGCCUGUCGUUGAUUAUGAUGACGCUGAAUUGACAGCUGUUGCAGUGUCAGUUUUAGACGAUACAAUAUUUGCAGCCUUUGGCACAGCAAAAGGAGAAAUUUUGAAGGCAGUUAUAUAUCCAACAUAUUCAGCUGUUAAAUUAAAGGAACCUAGAAUACAUAAUUUUGGCCGAGAUAUUCUACAUGACAUGUAUACUUCACCGGAUGACAAACACCUAUUUGUGCUUACAAGGAAACAGGUAUAGACACACUAUUCUGGCUACAAACCUGAUCAGCCUAUGUAUUACGUUUUCUACUGCAUGGGGAUGUAUUCUCUACAUAUAAAUAUGUAUCAGUCACUAACAUAUAUCACUGCAAAUAAUGCAGUCUAAAGCACAAUCUGUUUUUUCCAUACGUUUCAGGAUAUAUCGUCUGUGAUUUGACUUCGAGUUUACAAUUUCAUUUUAUGUGCUUUACGCUGGAAUGAAGUGGAAUAAUACAUAACUGUAAUCUCUAAUCAUGGC